UUUAUCGAAGUACAGUACUGUCCUCGCAAUCUUGCCUCUUGGUCCCGAUCGUAUGCCGAAUUGCCGAUGCGACGUUGCUCACCCCCACCCUCACUCAUCACAUCUUUUUGUCGUCUUUUGUAUUCUUUUUCUUUGUGUUCGUUUUCGUUAUCGAUUGAUAUGUUGCAUGUAUUGCAUUUACUUUUGCAUUCGAGUAUGAUAAUUAUAAUCUAAACUGUGAUUAAUAAUCGUAAAACCGUUAUUGUUUCGUAUGAUUUAUUGAUUUUUCAAGAUUCGAAUUGAUUGAUCCUUGAAAGAAAAUCAUCCAAGAUAUACGCAGGUACUAGGAGGGUACUUCAUCACUGAACUGAACCAUUGGCGUCCAUAGCAGAAUCUUGAAAAAUAUGUCGGUAAUAGAAACGGCGAAACCUUCAUCCAGCUGCACUGAUCAGAAAUGGGAAAAUUUCAAAUUCAAGAUGAACGAGUCGAUCGAUUGCUCGAAUAUCCGAAAACACAGUUUGGAUUUGUUACAAGAUCCAAAUACGAGUAUUCUUGGAGAUAUGUGCGUCAAUGUUGAAGGCGAAAAAUAUAUCCUCGAUCGUGUAAUCCUCGCUUUGAAAUCGAAUUACUUCCGUGUAUGUUUCGGAACACAGGACAACGGCGACGACGUAAACUCAUUCCAAAAACCCAAAGCGUACUUCGAUUGUGUGAAAGGUGGUAAAGAUGGCCUUCAUACCUUAAUCAGCAUCAUCUAUGGUAAAGAUUUAAAAUCGGCGAUGAACAAAAAUAACUUCUUGAAUUUGUUUCACAACAUGUUCGUUAUGGGAAUGGAAAUCGAUUUGGAAAUCAUUAAACAGUUUUUGGAAGAAAACAUCAAGCCAGAAGUGAAAUUUUAUUUCGAUAUAAUCGAAUUUGAACGUUUUUUAUGUGAUUUCAUGGGCUCCAAUCAUUUAUUACCGACAAUCGUCCAAUUUUUAUCCCAUCAUUUGCCUAAAAUUUACCGAAUGUUAUCGAAAAACGUCUCGAAGAAAGAAUUACUCGUUCUGAUACUGAUGAAUAAAAGUUAUAAUCUAUAUGAAAAACGUUUGAUUGGUACCAUGUGCGCCGAAUGGAUUUGUCAAGAUUUUCAGAAUCGAAUUCAAGACUUGAAAGAUUUAGUCAACGCUACGAAAUACAGAUUUAACCUUCUGCCAUAUUGUGAUUUGAGUUCAGAAUCGAUGAUAAAAUUGUUGAAAAAAACUCGCCCACUAGGUAAACCCGGAAUACCAGAGAUCGAAAAAUAUUUCGAUGAGUUACUUUCUUACGACGGAGAAGCCAAUUACGAGCUCCCAGCCAACUUGAACGCUGAAUUGUACAACUUAGUAUCCGGAGAACGAAUUUGCAGUCCCAUUGAUGAAAUAAACGCUUGGAAGUCAUUCCUAAAAGACGAAUUUUUAUGCGAUGUUGCGAUUCAUGUUCAAGGAACGAUUUUCAAAUUACAUCGUAUCAAGUUAUUAUCAGCUUCCGGAUUCUUUUACCAUCUACUCGUUCAUCCAGAAUUACGUACCCGACAAUUGACUGAAAAAUCAGACUUUCCAAUUGAGGAAUUUUCGAUCAAUGAGAUUGACCCGGUCACGUUCAAGAGCAUAAUUCGGUACAUUUACUACGAAGAAAUUGAAAUAACAUCCCUUACUCAACUGAUGAAUUUAUUCAAAAGUUCUGAAUUCUUGGAGAUGAGCGACCUUUUUGAUAAAUGUUCUUCGAAGAUGUUGGAUUUCGCUCGUAACGCUCCUGCUUACUUUUUCGAAAUUUUUCGAUUCGUUUGCGAGAAUCACAAAUAUUCGAAGUUGUACGACUCUCUGGUUAGACGCAUCGUUAAUUUAUGGCCGAAACUUGCCGAAGAUCCGCAUUUCAAAGACGUUUCUUUACGUGUCAUACAAGAAAUAAUUGCACUGCCGCGGUUGAAAAUCGAUCACCCGGAUCACGUCCUCGAUCUAUGCGCAGAAUGGAUUUUUUACGAUGUUGAAAAUCGGUAUCAGUUCACCACCGUAGUAGCCAGAGCCAUAAACAGGAAUCUUACGUCAGAUAUUGAACUGCCGUUAGCAACACCUUCGAAUUCGGUCGGUCACACUCAACAAUCCGUCAAGGAACAGUUGAUCAAAAUUCUAUCGUCGACAACGCUUGUUCCAUCACCUAUUGCUUGCGGAUCAAAUCUUGGAAAAACACCGUGUUUUAUUGUAAAGUGUUUGAAGAAAAUACCUAAACCGGAAAAUGAAGAACUCGAAAUGCUGCCAGUCGAAAAAUACUAUUUCGACGAAUUACUUUACGGCGAAGCGAACUUUUUGACCAUCGUGGAUGUGUAUUUCAACGAGAUUAUUCGAUUAGCUCAAAUACGAGAAAAUACCCGGUGGCAGUGUUCAGCAACCAUGAUCGAUAUAAGACUAUUCAUUCUUUUUAAUAUCGAUAAGCAAUUCUAUUUCCAAGUGUACAACCCUUCUACGAACGUAAUGACUACGUUAGCUACGGAUGUGAGAAUGAAUUCGAAUGAUGUGUAUACAAUUCUCAAUUGCGACGGCGAAGUAUAUUUCUGCUCAAAUGAAAUUUUACUCAAAUAUUCCGUCGAACUGAACCGUUGGAUCACUUUUAUUUGUAGUAAUACAAGAAUCGGAAAUUUGUUGUUUACGAGUGAUGGAAAAAAACUUUACAGGACGUUUGUCGAACUAGAGCCGAAAAGUAAUACUUUCGUCAACAAGUCGAGUUUCUUUGAUUUCGGCAUAAUGAAAUGGAUUUCAAUGCCUAAUAUUCCUGUUCCUGUGAAGAUUACUCGAGACGUCGAAGGUUUUACGAAAUUCAGCAACAUCCCUUUACAAAUAAACAUCAUCAAUCGAGAUCUGAGCGUGCUAUUCGAAUCGAAGACGUUUGUAUUCAAUUACAUGGCUCGAACGUGGAACAGUAUAAAUAAUGUUUGUAAAAAUGCCGUACAGUUUACGAGUCAAGGACAGAAUAUCGUGUACGUUAACAGAAAAAAUGAAGCUCAUUUGUUCUCUCCCAUAUCCAAUAAAUGGACAUUGGCGCAAAAAUUAUCAGAAGAUUUCGAUCGAAUUAUUGCCAUACAUCACAUUAAUGAAUAUCGUUGAUAAAUUUACCAAAAGAUACGUACCUAUGCAUUAUGUAUUACCUAUCUAUAUUUUUAAGAAACACUCGAGUACAUAGGUACUAUAUUAUGUAUUCGAGUUAUUGUUUUAGAAUACCUACUUGCUCGUGUUAUUGUUAAUUUUUUUUAUCCAGUUUUUUUUUAUACCUAUCGUGGAUAUUUUCUUAGUUUUAAUCAAGAGUAGAAGUGACGAAAAAUAAAAGUUUCAAAUUGA